UUUCAGUCUCAUUCAAAAAAUGGCCGCGUUCAACGCAAAGUAUCUAAUCGACCUUUUGAAGAGAAUUCGAAGUGGAGAAGAAAGCAUCGAUUCUCCGGACGCGCUGGAACUGCUCUACAUCCCGCUGCCACUUGCUCAUGAGCUCGGUGUUAUCAACUCAAUGGACGGGCUUGAUCCAUACGAUGAAAUGGAGAUUUCGUGCAAGUCGAUCUUGAAAAAGCUUGAUGAAAAGAAGAAGACUGAGGAGAAGCACAGAGCUAAGCAGGAGAGACAGGCUCAGAAGAAGGGAGCCAAGGAGCAAGCGAAGAAGGAGAAGGCCGAGCUAAAGAAGGAAGCCAAGGAGCUGCUUAAAAAGGAAAAAGCCGAGGAGAGGAAGAAGGAAUCCUUGAAAAGAAAAUUGUCGGAAAAAUCGGAGCCAGCUGCCAAGAAGGCGAAGGCUUCUGAGGAUCAGGAGAAUCGAGGAGCCACCAAGAAGAAGAUCACACCACCGAAUAGAAAGCACACCGCACUUUUCAAAAAGUGCAUGGCAAUGCGAGUCAAGAAUUUUGCCUAUUAACUUUUUUUUUUGUUAUCAAUUAUUUUUCAAUUCUCCUGGUACAUAUCAUACAAAUAAUUUUUGUAUACAAUUUCCCUGUUCUUUCUGUAAUAAUUAUUUCAAAUCUGUAAUUUUAUAAUAAAACUAUUAAAAUGUAAGAAA